GUCAUGAAGAGAAACGGGAUCAUUCAAGUGGCCAAAGAAUGCUAACUUGGGUCAUUUUGUCAGUCAAAAUGCUUUCCACCGAUCACUUAGUCAAUCGCGGGCCUAUUUCUCCGAUGCAAGCCGUUUCUUAUCAAUCUGGCGAUGUUGCAACUAUCUCCACACAGAUAAGAUCGGUCUCCGACCAUUGAUCGCAGGAAUGGGUUAGCAGCAACCGGCUAAUCGGGAUCUGCGAUGUGACUGGCCGCGCGGCUGAAGACGUGUUCCCGACGUUUUCUAAUGUUAGCUGAUGAUUUCAGCGCUUUAGAAUGGUUCCAAAGGCUUCGCUUGGUGUUUUGGGCGUUUUAGCGCUCGCUCUUGGUGUCGCGAAUGGCCAUGAACGAAUCCAGCCAGGACACGAGUAUGCCAAAGAGAGGGCGCAUAUGGUUUUCAAUGCAAUCCACUCCGCAGGUCGAGAAUGGGGUUCUGCCCUGUACCAUAAUGGCUUUGGCUUCUUUCCGGCUACUGUGCCCGAAGGCACCAUGUUUUACCACGGCUCUCGACAAAACGUAACACCGACUGGGCCCGAGUGGUUGGCUUUUGAUAUCGAACACGCCGAAAACUUCGCACGAUCUUUCAAGUAUAGGCCUGGUGGAAGACGCCCUGUAGCCCCAAUACCUCCUCCUGGCAAAAAGAAGCAAGAUGAGGAUAAGGGACAGACUGGAGAAGAAGAAGACCGCCAGGAACUACGACGCCGCAGCGAGUACAUAAAGACCGGCAAUGGCAAUGAUCCGUUGGAUAAGGUUGCUGACCCAAAAGGGGAUGAUGAUCCUGUUGUCAUGAGGGGUUACUUUCACACGUACCAGACAAAUCGUGACCUCAAAGUUCUGUUGAUUGAUGGUAUGAGUGCUGGAAAAACCGACAUGGGCACACUCGAUUCCCAAGAUCUGGUCCUUCGCGAGAACAACACCGAUAGGGGAAGUAUGGACGAAUGGCACCGAGCUCGUGAUUUGUGCAAACUGGCAUCUGAAUGGGGCUUCGAUGGAUUUGUUCGAAUUGAGAUUGGUAUCGAAAUUAUCAAGUGCGACUUUGCGGACAGCUUAGAUCUGGUUAGCAUGAUGCGUACAGAGCUGAUGGACCGUAUCAUGGGGAAAGCCGGCUUGGCAACGUUCCAAUUUGUGAGAGCGGUUGGCGAGCGAUACGAUGGCGUCGGAGCUAAUCGACUUCGGAUCGAUUUCUCGUCAAUGGUGUCCGGCCUCUUCUUUCCCAUCAACAUCUCCAGUACUGUCGUAGGGCGCCCAGAUCUGAAGAGACUUGGUUCGGCGACGCUGGAGGAGCUCAAAGAUGUCAAGGCGUACUUGACCAACGUGUUGCGUCAGCCUCGGAGGUUCAUCGUGGAUUGGCAAGGCGUGGCGGACCUUGUCAUCGCUCGUUACAGUAAGAGACUGGCACUUAUGGUGCACGAACCGCUGCAGUCGCACUAUUUCAUCGAUGAGGUCGAGGCUGCUACAUUGACCUGGUACAACGCACCGCCAUCACCCGAUGAUAAUUCCAUGGUAGACCAAAGAGAGGUCAACAAGACUUCCGAUGCUAUUGAGCAAUGCCGGCUACACUACCUCCGGCCAGCCCUCAAAGCCAGGCAACAAUGGAGUUUCGAAGAUGAGUUGAUCUAUACAUCUCUCGAUACAGUAUUGGGCACUAUCUGUCAAACAUUGUUUUUGGUCCGCAAUCGCUUGCUCGAAGCAUCCGGCUCGGAUUUGGACGAUUAUAGGAUCAGACUUGACAACGAAAACGAUACUGAAAUGGAAAAGGCGAUCAGUAGUGGUCGAGCAGUGAUUCGGGCACUGAUGAGCGAUCUCGGUUGGUCAACCUGGAAGAAGCCACAGCCCUGUCAACCAGAUGAGGUCAACACAAUUGCUAUGUGGCCGUUUGGAACCGAAGAAGACCAUUGGCACCCCGGAUGCCGUUCAAUCGAGACAGUACAACAUCCCGCUGAUAGUUAUUGGAGGAACCGCAGACCUCGCAAGGUAUAACCUCGUUUCAAAGCCAUUCGGCCGCGAUGACGGGAUCUCGUCUUUUUUUACGUUAGUUACAGCGUUCCCAUCGGUUGCAAAAGAGAAGAAUGGCCGACGCUUCGGCCUUCACGGAAGAUGUUUGCCGGCUAGCAGUGAAUUGAGCGAUUAGUUAACUCUGACAAUAAUACCCGACGCAUUCAUUAGCGAAUCCAAGAAGGCAGUGAUGUUCAGGGCUAAUGCAAGAAGCCAACAUUAAAAAUUGGCCAAAAAUGUGAAAUUGAUCAGAUCAUACGACCACGCCAGGAGUCGA